UGAGUCCCUCGGUGCUUUAGUCGCCGGUCGCUCGGCGGAACUCACGGAUUCGCUGAUUUCAUUUCCAGCGGACAAUGAAACUAACUCAAGUAGAUUUGAACAACGUUUAGCGGGGGAGCAGACACUUCCAUAGCCCGCCGAAAGACUGACACAUUCAAAUCGAUAGAUAGUUAGAUUUCGGAGGAAGAGGAGGAGAAAGCAGAGAGGGGAGGAGGAGAGAACCGAGACGAAGGGAGGACGGACGGACGGGAGAGGAAGGAGAGGAGAGGAGUCUGGAGAGAGCGCAGAGACAAGAGGAGAAAUUUCAGGGGGGUAAUUUAGUCUUAUUUUGGGUCUCCUCUCCUUCUUCCAGCCUUCUCCACCCCCUGCUUUUAAUUGUUUCAUCUCUUGGAGCAUUUAUGUCUGCUUUUGGGAGGCGUUAGAUGUUGAACUUGAUGGGUGUUUUAAACGCCACCGCCCCCAAUGUCUCCUGUACUUGCAACUGUAAGCCCUACACCUCCAUCCAGAACAUGGAAAUCACCCAGCUGGAGUUCGUCCAGAUCUUGGUGAUCGUGGUGUUCAUGAUGGUCAUGGUGGUGGUCAUCACCUGUCUGCUCAACCACUACCGCCUGUCUGCGCGCUCCCUGCUCUCCAGGCACUCCCCCGCCCGCAGGAGACACCUGCCGCUGGCCAAUGACGGAAGCCUGUGGUCGUCUGAGAGCACUGGGACCAGCAGUGGUCUGAACGAGCACCAGGUGUACAACCCGCGGCCCCCGGACAGAGGAGCCCUGUCGUACCUGCAGCGCGACCCGCAGCCCAGCCAGCCGCAGCCUCUGCUUCAAUCACAGCGCUUCCAGCAGACGUACGGCCCGAGUCGCUUCCAGCCGACGUACCCCUACCUGCCCCAGAGCCUCAUCGACCUCCCGCCCACCAUCUCCCUCUCAGACGGCGAGGAGCCGCCUCCGUACCAGGGGCCCUGCACUCUGCAGCUGAGGGACCCUGAACAGCAGAUGGAGCUGAACCGCGAGUCGGUUCGCCCUCCGCCCAACAGAACAGUGUUUGACUCCCACGCCCUGGACCCCUCCCACUCCUGCCUGCAGGCCAGGCUGCAGGCUCCGCCCCCUAGCGUCCAUUCAGGUAUUAGUGUGCUGGAGGCCCAAGAGGCUUUGUCCCGGCAGCAGAAACAGAACUCUCAAGUCGAGGGAACUCCCCCGACUUACAGCGAAGCCAUCGGGCACUUUUACCACCCAGCAACACUCGCCUCCACUCAGAGCCAUCGGACUGUAUCGUCCCUGCAGGGGGCGCCGUCCUCCCUCAUACACGGCCUGCUCAGACCUCUGCCCAAGCAGCAAGGAAGUGUGGAAAACAGGAACACAAGGAACACAAAGGAGAAAUCCCAGAAGCCGGAACAGGUGUGACUGGACUGCUUUCUCUUCAUUCCAGCUUGAAAGAGACAAAAGAAAAACACCCCAAAUUCCAUCAGUUCAUCAUUUGGGAAAUCAUCCGCGGGCAAUGAGGAACGAUGACAUGAACGUUAACAUCCGGUGUGAAUGGUUACAUGGCGGAUGUGCGGUCGGACUCGGCCAGAGUGAGAACAUCUGCAUCACCUCUGCAGAGCACAGUUCCAGGAGAACAUCUGGUUCUCCUGGUUUUCCACUUUGCUUCAGAGGAACGGGGGAUUGGGGAGCAGAAGGACGUGAAGUGGAAAAGAUGAAGAUGGAUAGAAGCUCCUGUAAAUUCCUCGUUCCUCCUGUAUCAGAUGGAUCUUUGUUAUAAAUAUUUACUUGUUCUGUUUGCCUCUGUAGAACGUAUCAUUUCCAAGCCUGCAGAACACUUCAAUCGUCUUGGUUCUUGCAGGAUUUGUUUCGUUUUCUUGUGAUAAUCCUCUGUUGCUGCUUUGAGUCCUUAAAUGUUCGCUUCUUUUUUUUUUCCCAACUUCAAAGUUUGCAGCAGCUCCUGCACCGAGCUUUGGCUUUACCAGUGGGGCAUGAUAGCACAUCUGACUAUAUUUCCAGUUUAGAUUUAGUUAGCGUAAUCAUAAAACUAGCUCAGCAGGUGUAGCAACAGUGCUAAACGUCCUAAAGCUCUGCCUUAUAAUGACCAACUCCUGCAGGAGACCUUACGACCCUUGACUCAAUUUGAUGUCUUCAGAAGAGAGUUUGCACAAAGUCUGAUUGUUCACUGCAGAAGGAGAAUCUGCGGUGAUUAUUGCUAAGAGAGGAGGUCGAGAAAGUCGGGGUGUCUUUCUAAAACUUGAUGCAUUCUUUGUUUUUUGGUUGUCUAGUUUUAGAAAAAGAGAUGUGAGAAACACGUGAGGGUGCCAACAUUCACCUUGAACAUUUUGAAACGUACAUGUUGACUUGUAUAUUCGAUACAUAUGGAGUAUCUUUACACGCAUGUAUGAACGAGAAUGGAAAAGCACGAAUUUAGAGUUAUUUAUAUACUUGCUGAAAAGCAUUGCACUAUUUUUUUAGUAUGCCCAGAUGGAACAUUUGAGAGGGACUUUUAUUGUGAAGGAGCUCUGUGGUUUGUGGUUUAAAAAGAGAUUGGAAAUGAUUUACCAGAGUGUGUGAGCAGCACGGUGCACAGCAGCGACUAUCAGUUGAUGGGAAGACUCUGACUUUGGUCCAAAGGACUCAGACAAUCCAAUUUCUGUACCAUAGAUGAAAGAAAAAAAAAAUCUCCAGUUUAUGCAAAUGUCUGAGUCCAGCGAACCAACCAAAUGUCAGCAGCCCACCUGUGGGUCCAAUCAGAAACCCCGUAACUCUCCCCGUCUCUCUCUCUCUCUUAUCCCUGUCGGCCGAAUCAUUAGCAAUCCCAAAGCUGGCUGCUACUACCUCGACCAAACAAGUGAAGCACAUACGCUUUCUCAACUUAAUCAGACUGUACCAUUUAUCAACCGUCUGAGCUAAUCAAGACGGUGUGUAACAGUAGAAAGGAGGAGAGUAGAAUGUUGUAGAGUUAGUUUUAGGUUUUUUAAUCCUGCAUUGGUGUUUUAUUUGAAUGUCAGAGUUUUAUGCUCAUUAGGUGAGAAGAGAGAGACGCCUAAUGUCCUCAUUGUGGAGCAUUACUCAGGAAGAAAGCCUGUUACCCAACAGGUCCCUAAAUAUCUGAUAUGCUGGCUGUGCACAGUGGUGGCUUCUUAUGCAUGAUUCAUAACACCAACAUUCCUCCAAACCUCCUGUUAACAUUCAUUCUGUUCACUCAGGUAAACUUCUCAAUUUUACGGGCAUCUCUGAGCACUUUAUUGCAGUGGGAAAGAGACAACAAUCCUCGAGUCCGCCAGCAUCACAACAUGAAACCUUUACCUCUGUUGACGAGGCAAAAGUGUACACUUGAUAAAAAUGUAUAAAACAGUUCACUAAACAAAGCUCUUCUAAAAUUAGUCAGAAUGGACCAUAAAUGGAGCCCAACAUUUCUUGGAUAAUAUUGUCAGUAAUAUUUUGGUAUGUUGAUUUUGUUGAAGUUCUUAAGCAAAAUUAUUAUUAUUAUUAUUAUUUUUACACAAGAUGGGUUGUUGAAACUAGACACACUGAAGUGUUGACAAGUGACACGAGUGUUAAUAGCAACUCAUCCUGUGUCAGCUCUUUGCAAGUGUAGAAAUAGAAACCCAUUAUGAGUCGAAACGUAAAGACGACACCAGUUGAGCUUGGUGUCGUUCAGUUUUUAUGCAAUUAUUGAACCAAAUUGAUGCUGAAGCUGAUUUAAAUGGAUGAUUCAGAUGACUGAAAAGAUUAUGAGCAGCUAAUAGUUUAAGAACAGUAGAAAACUAGCUUGCCGAUUAGCGUGCCACAUGCUACUUUGAUCAUGAGUGUAAAAUCCAACAACAAAACACAACUUUAGUAAGAGUGAACCACUUUGAAUUUUUUUUAAAGAUGGAGGAAGUCCACUUUAUUCUUGACCUUGUAUUCAUAUAAAGAGAAAGAGAUAAGAGUUUCCUACUGCAUGUCACUAAAUGCUCAUAGCAUUUCAACAGAUAUUACUUAAAAACAUCUGAACUAUCCCUGUAAGUCUGCUAUGUGAGGAAAGAGAACAGAUAAACUUUAACAAGCCUGUUCUCAUCAAAAAAGUUGAGACUUUCUAAAUAUAUAGGCUCUUCUAGCAGUUUUAGUAUUAAGUCAGUAGGUCAGUAACUCUGACUUCCAGGUGCUUUUUAAAUCUCAGCAAAGUGUUUAGAAACAACACACCCUGAUCAGAAACCAAUUGGAGUUGAAUAAUGGAAGAAAUCCCAAAUCUCCACAUUAGUUGAUCUAUGCUGACAAAAUUACUUAAACUAUAACCAACCACAGAGAGUUUUUAGAGUUCAAACCAAAGUUAAACAUUUUUUAUAUAUUUCCAUUUCAUAAUCAGUGAUGUAUGUUAAAGUCAAGCACUUAGAGAUAAAGAAAUUAUGAUACAAAGGGAACUAAGGCCUACACCCAAAACUACAGAGGGAUGAUAUUUAGAUCAUGAAUCAUUCUUGACCAUUAAACCAGAGAUAAGAAGGUUUGUAACGAGUGAAUAAAGAUUUGAAAAAGGCUCAGAUCAGGACGAUUGGGAAAAAGAAUACCACCACUAGCAAUAUAAAUAAUAAUAAAAAUGUGCAUCCCAAUACAUAAAAACCCUGCACUGGCUGACAAAACCCAGAGAGACAGGCGGAGGAAGAAGGAAACUCACACAUAUCAAACAUUUAUGUGCAUGCAAAAAUCAUUUAAUAUGCACUGCAAACUCUCUACACAAUCUUCUUUUUUUAAUGCUUUAUGCCAAUUUGAUAGCUCUUAAGUGAGUUAGUGUGUAUCAGUGCAUGUGAAAGGUGCGUGGGUGUGUAUUCCUGUGCAGUAAAUGUGCAGCGACGUGGCCUGGGAAAGACCUCCAGCUGUCUAGACAAAAACCAAACACACACAACCGCACACACACAGCAGUCUAAAUAAACUACUUAAAGAGCCAGACACACUUUCAUUCAUCUAGUGCUCCCCCCAGCCACCACCGUUUUCACUGAGGACCACACAAGGUACAGCGAAAACAUUUAUCUCACACACACCUGGUCUUCCUCCAGAGCGCCUCCCUCCUCCUCCUGUCUCAGCGAGCUCUUCCUGUUCCCAAGAGAUGCCCGCUGUCCAAUCACAGAGCUCCUUUCCAAGAAGGGCCCCCUUUGCCAUUGGCCGACCGAGUUUGGGUCUCCGUGGAAAUGUUUGUCGUUUGUUGUUGUUGCUAUGUCGUACGUAAGUGUGCCUGCCUGUGCUGAGACGGGCUAAAUGUGAGCGGCCUGUGUGGGCUGUCAAUCAUCCCCGGCCGCGCUGUCUCAGACUAUGAUGAUGAUGAUGAUGAUGUUUGGAUGGUGGUGAUGAGUCUGAUGAAGAUUGAUAGUUUCGAUAGUGAUGCCUCAGAAGAUUGUUGCAAUACAACUACUUUUUGCCUUUUUGAUAUUAGUGAUAUUUUAACGUAGUGUGUUAAAUGUAAGAUUUUGUUUUGAAUUAUUGUUAUUAUUGUUGUUUAUCACUUUAGAAAGAGAGAAAAAAGGAUUUCACUUUAUUUCACUGUUCACACAGACAACUGUUUGCAUUUGUAAAAUUUGUGAAAGUGUGAAACUACCUAAACACACAAAAGCUGCAGAUCAGUAAGGCAGAAGAGGAAAUCCGUAACAUGUGCUUCUGUGUUUAAGUGCCCUUUUCAGUUGAAGGUGUUGUUGUUAGUUUGCGAAUUUGUGCUUUUAUAUGUUUAUUUUUGGCAAAAAGAGUUUCAGUCAUUCCUCUUUUUAUUUCUUAUGCAGUAUAAAGUCUUUUUUGUUUUUUCUUAUCGUCUCCAAACUCUACAUGUGUGCCUUCUGGUGUCCAGUGUUACAUUACUGUUGCCUUUUGACAUUUAACCGAACACAGCCUGGAACAUUGAAUAAGCCUGGCUGUGUGAUGUAAGGAAGUCUUGCAGGAAAAUGGAAGAAACAUGCCCAAAUUUAUUAAGAAAACAUCAUUUUCAUAGCAAAACAGCAAAAUCAGGAGCUGCAUUCUGAAUUAUUUAAACUCAAUUUUUCUUCACCUGAUAAUUUAAGACAUAUUAGCCCAGAAACAAGUGGUUCUGGAAGCACUUAUGUGUCAUUAGCACAAGGCAACUGGAGAAAAUUAAGGUUUCCCCCCUUUUUGUGUGUUUCCUCUCAUGCUGCAGUGUUGUGUGCUUCUCCGCUCCGCUCUUUGAAUCAGCGCUGCACUGGCGCCUCUUCCUCUGACAAUGUUGUAGAAAACAAAAUGUGCGAUAACACUCUCUUUUUGUUGCAGUAUGUGACGUGUUCAUAUUUAAAUAAAACCUCUGUAUUACGACUGCGCUGCAACGCUUGCGACUGUUGUAAAAGUCUUCCAGCUGUUGUGGAGUUUAAUCCUGAAGGCACAUUAAUGGUGGAAGUUGUACAGUAUGGUGAGAUUCAGUCUGGAUUCCCGCCUUUGAGAAAAGUAAAAUUAAAUGUAAAAACAUGAAUUAUGGUCAGCUUUUCAGCAAUGAGCAGAAUCUUAAAACCCAUCUAGGACACAAGUUGUAAAGUCUGGUUUAGGAUCCAGGAAUCUGUCAUUGCAGAAAAGUUUUGGGGGUUAAACUCCAGACAGUUUUCUCUCACAGCAUGGGUAACACACUUAUAUAGAGAUCUAUUUUAUUCUCAAUAAUACCUGCUUGUUUGUGUAUUAAGACAGUUCCUUUUAACUUAUGUUCACGUUGACGGGUUUAUGUUAUAUUCCUUGCAAAAAUAACUCAACAAUGCUUCAUUGUUGGUGAUACAGAACUUGGUAAGAAUCAGACACAUUUCAUUUAGCCUUUGAAUUAACAAAAGUACAAAUAAAAAAAGUUUUAUAAAUA